GCAAUGGCGGCGGCGGCCCGGGCGGCGGCGGCGGCGGCGGCGCUGGACACGGCGGUGCCGCGGGACGUGGUGCUGUUCCGCCACGAUCGCGAUCGCUUUUUCCGUCUCGUGGGGCUCUUCUGCGCCGGGCAGGGGCUCUUCUGGGGCUAUCUGGCGCACUUCGCCUUCACGGCGCUGCGCCCCGCGCCUGCCCCCGGCGACGGCCCCGGCGACGACCCGCUGCGGCCCCGCGACAACAAGUGGCGCCUCGGUUUCACCGCCUCCUGCCUCACCCUCGGGUCGCUGAUCGUGGCGGCGGGCUUCCUGCUGCCCCGGCGUGCAGUGCGGCAGGUGACGCUGCUGCAGGGCGGCCGCCACGUGGCCAUCGGCACCCACGGGCCGCUGGGGCUGGGCCGUGGCAGCUGCUUCACAGUGCCGCUGCGGGAGGUGUCCUGCAGCACCCACCGGGCCGAGGCGCGGGCCGCCCUGCCGCUCAAGGUGAAGGGACGCCCCUUCUACUUCUUGCUGGACAAGCAGGGCCACAUCUGCCACCCCCGGCUCUUCGACCUCACUGUCGGCGCCUACCGCAAGCUCUAGGCUGUCAGGACAUGCGGGGGGACUGGCAAUGGACGCGGGGGGACCGGGUCACGUCCAUGUGGUGUUGCAGGGGGGAACUGGGUUGCAUCACGUCUGCUGUCACUGUGGUUUCAGAAGGGGAACUGGUUCGUGUUGACCUGCUGCAGGGGGACUGAGGCUGCGUUCGCCAUCCACGCAGCCUCAUGGGGGGAUUCGAGCCACGGUCGUCGUCCCUGGUGGGAGUCAGGCCGCAUUCACCAUCCAGGCAGACUCGUGGCACGAACCGGGUCACGUUUGCUAUCCGUGUGGUCUCAAAUAAACCUUUGACCUUUC